AUGGACAGUGUUCUUCACUCUGAGGACAAUGUUCGUCACUCUGAGGACAAGGUUCCUCACUCUGAGGAUAACUUUCCUCACUCUGAGGACAAGGUUCCUCAUUCUGAGGACAAGGUUCCUCAAUCUGAGGACAAGGUUGCUCACCCCGAGGACAAGGUUCCUCACUCUGAGGACAAGAUUACUAACUCUAAGGAGAAGUUUCCUCAAUCGGAGGACAAGGUUCUUCACUCUGACGACAAGAUUCCUCACUCUGAGGUCAAGGUUUUACAGUCUGAGGACAAGGUUCCUCACUCUGAGUACAAGGUUCCUAAAUCUGAGGAAGAGGUUCUUCACUCUGACGACAAGGUUCCUCACUCUGAGGAAAAGGUUCCUCACUCUGAGGACAAGGCUUCUCAUCCUGAGGACCAGGUUCCUCACUCGGAGGACAAGGUUCUUCAAUUUGAGGACAAGGUUCUUCACUCUGAGGACGAGGUUCAUCUCUCUGUGGAAAAUGUUCCACACUCUGAGGACAAAGUUCGUCACUCUGAGGACAAGUUUCCUCAAUCUGAGGACAAGGUUCCUCACUCUGAGGACAAGAUUCCUCAAUCUGAGGACAAGUUUCUCACUCUGAGGACUAGGUUCCUGAAACUGAGGACAAGGUUGCUCACUCUGAGGACAAGGUUCUUCAAUCUGAGGACAAGGUCCCUCACUCUGAGGACACGGUUACUAACUGUGAGGACAAGGUUCCUCAAUCUGAGGACAAAGUCCCUCACUCUAUGGACAAUGUUCUUCACUCUGAGGACAAUGUUCGUCACUCUGAGGACAAGAUUCCUCACUCUGAGGAUAAGUUCCCUCACUCUGAGGAGAAGGUUCCUCAAUCUGAGGACAAGGUUGCUCACCCUGAGGACAAGGUUUCUCACUCUGAGGACAAGUUUACUAACUCUAAGGAGAAGGUUCCUCAAUCUGAGGACAAGGUUCCUCACUCUGACGCCAAGGUUCCUCCCUCUAUGGACAAGGUUCUUAACUCUGUGGACAAUGUUCCUCACUCUGAGGCCAAGGUUCCUCACUCUGAGAACAAGGUUUCUCACUCUGAGAACAAGGUUACUAACUCUAAGGAGAAGGUUCCUCAAUCUGAGCACAAGGUUCUUCACUCUGAGGACAAGGUUCCUCAAUCUGAGGACAAGGUUCCUCACUCUGAGGACAAUGUUCCUCGCUCUGAGGACAAGGUUCCUCAAUCUGGGGACAACUUUCUUCAAUCUGAAGACAAGGUUCCUCACUCUGAGGACAAGGUUCCUCACUCUGAAGUCAAGGUUCCUCACUCUGACGACAAGGUUCUUCACUCUGAGGACAAGGUUCCUAAAUCUGAGGAGAAGGUUCCUCACUCUGAGGACAAUGUUCCUCACUCUGAGGACAAGGUUCCUCAAUCUGAGGACAACGUUCCUCAAUCUGAAGACAAGGUUCCUCACUCUGAGGACAAGGUUCCUCACUCUGAGGACAAGGUUCCUCACUCUGAGGAGAAGGUUCCUCACUCUGAGGACACGGUUUAUCACUCUGAGGACAAUGUUCCUCUCUCUGAAGACAAGGUUCCUCAAUCUGAGGACAAGGUUCCUCACUCUGAAGACAAUGUUCUUCACUCUGAGGACAAGGUUCCUCAAUCUGAGGAGAACGUUCCUCAAUCUGAAGACAAUGUUCCUCAUUCUGAGGACAAGUUUCUUCACUCUGAGGAGAAGGUUCCUCACUCUGAGCACAAGGUUCCACACUCGGAGGACAAGGUUCCUCACUCUGAGGACAAGGUUCCUCAGUCUGAGGAAAAGUUUCCUCAAUCCUGCCGAUACGGUGCAAGUAACUGAAUUUGACACAUUUACGAAAUUGAAAGCUCUCAACCCAAACAAAUCUCCUGGACCUGAUGGUAUACCCUCUUGUGUUUACAAAGAAUUUGCAGAAAUUUGGCAUAUCCCAUUAGCCUUUUUUUAAAUUGCUCUUUUUAGCAAGAAAAUCUACCGUCGGCGUGGAAAAAGGCAAAUAUUUCUCCUGUUCCUAAAAAUACACAAGUAACAGACAUUAACAAGCAUUUAUUUCCUAUUUCUUUAACACCAGUUGUGUCUGAAUUGUCCGAAGAAUUUAUUCUUGAAAGACAACUUAAGUCAGCAGUUCUAAAAGUCAUCGACUCCAAUCAGUGUUGUACCUAAGUCAUCCACUACGUUAGCCUUGAUCUCAAUGAUGCAUAAAUGGAUGCUAGCCGCGGACGAACCAGGUAACACGAUUCGUUCAGUUCUAUUCGACUUUCGAAAGGCGUUUGAUCUGCUUGACCAGAACAGUUUGAUAACGAAAUUAAAAUCUCGCGAUCUUCCGUCUUCAACUAUCAAUUGGAUUAUUGAUUUUCUAAUUGACCGAAAACAACGGGUAAAGUUAACAUCUAACUGUUAUUCUGAAUGUGAUGAAGUGCGCUCAGGUUUGCCGCAAGGGACAAAACUUGGUCCUUGGCUGUAUAUAUGAAUGAUUAAUGAUCUAACAACAACCCGUACCAAACCUUGGAAAUAUGUUGAUGACACCACUCUAUCUGAAGUCAUUCAUAAAGGAAAGCCAAGUUCAAUUCAGGAACCAGUUGACGAAGUUCAAGAAUGGACACACUCGAAAUUGGCCGAACUCAAUGAGGAUAAAUGUAAAGUGCUCAGAAUUGAUUUUUCGCGUAUGCAAACUCUAACAAAUCAUCUCAACCACAUCCGAGUCAACAGCAAAGAGAUUGAGGUCGUAAACCACGCGAAAAUACUUGGUCUUACAGUCAGCAGUGACUGCAAGUGUAAAAUGCACGUUGAUAACAUCGUAUCCAAGGCCAGUAAGCAACUAUCUCUAAUCACGCAGUUAAAGAGAGCUCGAGUUCCUGCAAAUGAAAUUAUUCAAAUAUAUUGUUCAUGCAUUCGCCAGUUACUGGAAUACACCUCACCUGACUUUCAUAAUUCCUUAUCGCAAUAUUUAAAUUUGGAUAUUGAAAGAGUUCAAAAACGAUGUAUUAAAGGAAUAUUUCCUGGCGUUUCAUACAAAGAAUGCCUCAAUUAGCUAAACUAGAAACCCUGUGUGAUCGCCCAUCGGAAGCGUGCAAAAAACUAUUUCUCCAAGCCUAUUUUGAUACUAGCCAUAAACUACACAACCUGAUUCCAAAGGAGAACUGAUGCCAAUAUUCCCUAAGAAGAAGCCAUAAACUUUUAGUGCCAAGAACUAGAACGGAUCGCUUAAAAACUCCUUUGUCUUUUGUAAUAGUUCAAAUAUGUAAAAAAAUCUAGGUAAUCUUGAAUGUACAUAUUCUUAAUGUAUUCCCAUUUGAAUUUUAGAAAACUAUUUUGAUCAAACUUUUUAACUAAUCCAUAGGUAAUCUAUUUAGACUAACUAUUCAUUUCUUGUAAAUAUUCGUAGAUAAUUCAGUGCACAGUUCUUCUGUAACUGCAAACUAUGAACCAUUAAAGUCACUAUCACUAUCACACAAGGUUCUUCACUCUGAGGACAAGGUUCCUCACUCUAAGGACAAGGUUCUUCACUCUGAUGACAAGGUUCCUCUUUCUGAGGACAAGGUUCUUCACUCUGGGGACAAGGAUCCUCACUCUGAGGACAAGGUUCCUCCCACUGAGGACAAGGUUCCUCAAUCUGAGGACAAGGUUCCUCACUCUGAGAACAAGGUUCCUCACUGUGAGGACAAGGUUUCUCACUCUAGUGGAGGAUAA